AGUCGGCAGUACUAGAAUAUUACUGUGAAGGGUCCAACCGGAAUUUUUACGACUGACGCGUCCACCCUGACGGUCUGUAGGAGGAGGAGGAGGAAGUGGAGGAAGAGGAGCUCGGCUGUGUCGCGGAUGUGAAUGACCCUGCAGCGGGGACGAGCUGCGGCCGGGGUGCUCGUCGUGUCCGCCGGCCGACCGCCGUCGACCUCGCAGCACCCAUGAGGUCGACAGCAAGGCGGAAAGCGGCCGCGGACGGCCACGAGCAUGUGCUGCUGGCAAGUGGCUUUGGCCUGGACGCGGCCGUGCGCGGUUGACCUCGGCCGAAGCCAGGGCGUCUCGGCCGGCGGGGAGUCCUCGUUUUAUGGGGCCAUCGUCGCCCUCGCCAUGGGCGGCGACCGCGGCGCUAUCAUGUCGGCUUUAGGUUCGGAUUCCUGGUGGAGGAAGACGCUCUAUCUGGCCGGAGGAGCGCUGCUGGCUGCCGCUGCCUAUUUGCUCCAUGAAUUACUCGCCAUCAGAAAAGAAGAAGAGUUAGACUCCACAGACGCCAUCAUUCUGCAUCAAUUUUCCCGGCCCAAAUGCGGAGCCCCGUCCUUGUCCCCCUUCUGCCUUAAGACGGAGACCUACCUGCGCAUGGUGGACCUGCCCUACCAGAACUACUUUGACGGGAAGCUGUCACCGCAGGGCAAGAUGCCGUGGAUCGAGUACAACCGCGAGCGCGCGUGCGGCUCCGACUUUAUCGUCGACUUCCUGGAGGAGCGGCUGGCCGUGAGCCUCGACAAGGGCUUGACGCCAGAGGAGAAAGCCGUGUCCUGCGCCGUCUCCACAAUGGUGGAGGAGCAUUUUUACUGGACCAUCGCAUACUGCCAGUGGGUGGACAACCUGGAGGAGACGCAAAAAAUGCUGUCCGUGAGCGGGCCGCUGAGCCAGCUGCUCAAGUGGGUCCUGAGUCACGUGACCGGCGACAUCGUCAAGCGGGAGAUGUACGGACACGGGAUGGGCCGCUUCUCCGAGGACCAAGUCUACGCCAUGAUGGAAAAGGACAUGCGCACACUGGCCACCCUGCUAGGCAAUAAGAAGUACCUCAUGGGCUCCAAGAUUUCAACAGUCGAUGCCACAGUUUUCGGCCACCUGGCCCUCGCCAUGUGGACUCUACCCGGGACGCGACCGGAGCAGCUCAUCAAAGGCGAGCUGAUCAACUUGGCCAUGUACUGCGAGCGAAUUCGCCGCCGCUUCUGGCCCGAGUGGUUUGUGGACUUAGAGGACUUCCGCUACGACGACGAGUCCAAGAGCUGCGCUCCCACCUCAAAGCUCCCCGACCUGGGCCUUUACUCUUGCACAGAAACUUUCCGGGACGACACAUGCUCGCGCGCCGCCCACAGCGUGGACACGCCGUCCAUGUCGCCCGGUAGCGACCCGACGGGCAUUUCUCUGUACGACUCGGAUAUGGACACGGAGUGCUCCGAAAUGGAGCCGCUCAAGUGUUGACCCAAGCUCAAAAAUAGCUCACAUUUGAGAAAUACGCGGCCGUGCGUUGCGUCUAUUUGUGGGUUACAUUACAGUACUUUUCAUUUCCAUCCCUCUAUUAAAAAAAACAAAAAACAAAAAAA